AUGGCUAAUCUCAGAGAACUCGGAAAGACUGGUGUAUUGGUGUCUGCUGUUGGACUUGGUUGUAUGGGAAUGAGUGAGUUUUAUGGCCCUACAAACGAUGAAGAGAAUGUCAAGACACUCGAGCGUUCAAUCGAAAUAGGAUCGACAUUUUGGGAUACUUCUGAUAUUUACGGAAUCAACUCUAAAAAUGAGCGUCUGCUAUCUACUGUAUUGAAGACCCAGAGAGACAAGGUUUUCUUGGCUACAAAGUUUGGUCAAGUUCGCACUGAGGAUGGAACAUUUUCUCAUGUAUGUGGCACACGUGAAUAUGUCCGCGAAGCAUUCAACAAAAGUCAAAAGAGACUCGGUGUCGAUGUCGUCGAUCUGUAUUACCAGCAUCGUGUUGAUCCUAAUACUCCUAUCGAAGAGACUGUCGGAGCAAUGGCUGAACUUGUCAAGGAAGGCCGUGUUCGUUUCCUUGGUCUAUCUGAGUGCUCUGCAUCAACCCUUCGUCGUGCCCACAAGGUGCACCCAAUUGCUGCAGUUCAAACCGAAUACUCACCUUGGACCUUGGAUAUUGAGACUAAUGGUUUGCUUGAUACUGCUCGUGAAUUAGGAAUUUCUAUUGUUGCCUAUUCUCCUCUUGGUCGUGGUUUCUUGACCGGUGCCAUCAAAAGCCCCGAUGACUUUGGUGCGGAUGACUUUAGACACAAUGUUCCUCGCUUCUCUCCUGAAAACUUUGGUAAAAACCUAAAGCUUGUUGAUGAUAUCAAUGCACUUGCUACUAAGAAGGGAGUUGCUCCCAGUCAAUAUGUGCUGGCAUGGAUUCUUGCUCAAGGUCCCGAAUUUAUUGUCAUUCCUGGCACUAAAAAAAUCAAGUAUCUUGAGGAAAAUUUCAAGAGUGGAGACAUUGUGCUGUCAAAAGAAGAGUUGGCCGAGAUGAGACGUUUAGUUGACAGUAGCAGCUCCGUGGGAGAACGUUAUUCUGCUCCCUACCUUGCAGCUAUAGAUUUUUAG